GCCGCUGCGUCGCCCAAUGCCCGGGAGGGCCUCGUUCCGCCGACCACGGCAUCGGGCGUCGCCCCGGUCAUCGCGCCCGAGCACCCUGUCGACACAGCGGUGCAUUCUGCGCACGCCGCCGCCGAGGCCCUGGUGACGGCCGUUGCUGCACCGCCCGCCGAAUCGUCGGCUCCCGAGCCACCCCAGGUGGCCGCGUCCAUUACGGCCCUCUCCGAGGCUGCCGCCUCGCUGGCAUCUCUGCUCGAGGGGAGGGCGCCCUCGGGGUCUUCCUAG